AUGACGAUGCUCUUGUUUACAAGACUUCAACUGAUUUCAACAUGGCUGAUUGUGCAAGCAACGACAAGUUUAGAACGUCAAGUAACUUACACUGAGCAUCCAACAACAACUGCACAUCAAGUUUUUACAGCUCUGCAAUCCGACUCAACUGUAUCAAAGGCAUUGGACGCAUCCACUAAGGAAUCAGUUACGGCUCGAUCUCCAGAUGUAGCUUCACAGGUAGACCAGCAAGGGCGAUAUCAACCAGCAACACUUGUGCUCGAUACAAGUAGCGCAACUCUGGCUACACACAAUCAUAUUGCAUCUCUAGAAACGUUUAAAGUUGCUUCUGAAAACAGUUCCACCGGAAAUCAACAGCAAGUUAGUUUACAGUCUCACUGGAGUUCAAAAGAGCAGCGUGCAUCUUUGAUUUCUCAAACGAGUUCUUCUGGGCAUACAUCAACAACGGCGCCAGAGAAUAGCUCCCAUGAAGAGCAGAUACCUACACCUUCAAGCACUGCUGGAGUGCAAGGAACGGCUGUACCUAGCACGCUUUCAACUCCACAAUAUGGAAUGACGAAUGUAGUACAAUCAUUACCUUUACAUCCUCAAAAAUUUUCUACAGAACAGUCAAAGACAGUUGAGUCUCAGCUGAAUCCCUCUCCACAGAAUGCGUCAUUGAUUGCUGGUGAGCCAUUAUCAUCAGUAGACCAGGUAAAUUUAACUCAGGAGCAACAAAAUACCACAUCCUAUGGGCAGCCAUGGCCAACAACUAGUACAACUCAUCAAGGUUUCUUUAACCAAAUCCCGUCUUUGCCACCUCAAAAUACUUCCAUUGGUCAGAAAAUAUCAUCAUUGGACCAAUCAGUAACAUCUUUGAGACAUCAAAACACCAUUUCUCUAGCUCAAAAUACGUCCUUUGGACAACCGAUAACCCUUACAUCCUUCAGAGGUUCCCCGUCAGAGCUUCAGUCCUCGUUAUCUCAAAACAGUUACCCUAGUCGCAUAUUAUCACCAGUGGUGCAGCUACAUUCAACUCUGGUACAAAAAAAUAGCACUUCUUUGGUUCAAAAUAGUACCCAGUACGGUCAGCCAAUAACCGUUACUCCACUCAAAAGUUCCUCUGCAAAUAUUCCAUCUUUGACACUUCAAAACAAUUCAACUACUCAGCCAUCAUCGGUAGCAGAUCAGGUGACUUCAGCACAGAAACUACACAAUAACACUGAGCUUCAGUCCUCGAUAUCUAAAAACAGUUACCCUAGUCGCACAUUAUCACCAGUGGUGCAACUACAUUCAACUCUGGAACAAAAAAAUAGCACUUCUUUGGUUCAAAAUAGUACCCAGUACGGUCAGUCAAUAACCGUUACUCCACUCAAAAGUUCCUCUGCAAAUAUUCCAUCUUUGACACUUCAAAACAAUUCAACUGCUCAGCCAUCAUCGGUAGUGGAUCAGGUGACUUCAGCACAGGAACUGCACAAUAACGCUUCUCUCACUCAGAGUAAAUACCAUGAGCAAUCAGUGAAUUCCUACGAAAGUGCCCCUGCCAAGGUUCAGACUAUGGUUUCUUCAAACAGUUCUUCUCUUCAAUCAUUAUUAUCAGUGGGAAACCUAACUUUACCUAUACAAAAACCAAAUUUCACAUUUCUGGUUCAAAAUGGUUCCAAUGGACAGCCAACAACUGUUUCAUCUCACACUACUUCCUUUGCCCAACUUUCUUCAAGGAAACCUCAAAACAGCAUUUUGGAACAGACAAAAACAUACGAACCUUACGUAAACUCAACUCCAAAACUACUAUCACUGCCUUCAAUGUUUCAAAAUGAUUCUGCUGAACAGUUAGCAACAACUUCAACUAGGCCGUAUUCUACUAUAAAGUUAGCAUCUUUGAUUACAAAAGAUAACUACACUGAGCAGCUACUAUCCAUUACAAACCAGGGAAAUAUAACUUAUAAGCAGCAACCUACAUCGCAGAUAUAUAGUGGAAAACCAACAACUGAUUUAUUUGACGUUGGCUCAAAGGUACACAAUGCAACUCCAAUACCUUACAGUGGCAAUACUGAGCAGAUUUCAACUUCUGCAUCUCAGCAGAAUCUUUCGAUUAAACUUUCGUCGUUGAUUCUCCAAGGCAAUUCUGCUGAACAACCAUCAUCACCUGUUAAUCAAACAAAAUCAGCUGUGAAAUUGCUUUCUCAAGACAGUCCUUUUAGCCUGAAGCCUACAUCCGCCGAAUCUCAAGCGAACUCCUUUGUGCAACUGACAAUUUUUAUUCCUCAAAACAGUUCCAUUCUCACUGAAAUACCGCCAUCAGCCCUUCCUCUGGCAAAUUUAACCGUAGAACAAAAAUUUACAACAGCAUUGCAACCAACAAAUCUUGUCUCCCAAAAAUAUUCUGCAGAACAGUUGAUGACGGUAUCAGCUUCUGUACAAUCAAAUUCAUUACGAACAACAUUGGCUCAUAAACACACUGUGGAGCAAAAUUCAUCAAUUAUACACCAAGAUAACUCGACGAUAAUAAGACCGCCAAACAAGAACUCUUCUAGGCUUUUUGCAACACCUGUACUUGUUGUAAACUCCACCCUUCAGCAAAAGCUUACACCGACGUCCACACUUGACGACGAGUCUACUCCGAAACCUUCUACUUUACUGCCUGAAAUCAGUUCUUCCGAACAAAAAUUUAAAACGACAAAACUUAGCGUUCAUUCAUCUUUACAGGAGAGAAAUUCAACCAGCCUCACUGUCCAAACAACAGCAACUUCAAGUCAAUUUUAUUCAACUCAACAAUCAACAGCAAUUACAUUGCCACUGUUACGAAAAGGUAAGAAGUUGCUAGAACAGAGAGGAAGAAAAACAUAUCGAAUACUAAGCUGUUGUUCCAACAGACUUUAAAGCAACCUAGUUAAUGCAGGGAAGGGGGGAGCGCUCGUCCAGGGAAGAAAAACUCUCAAUUACUUCGAAUUCAUGCCUCCGAUACCACGAAACCUAACUUCUGUCAGGAGUGAUCCACCUAGCUUCCUCACGACUUUUUUCCCUUCUCCAAGCUUUCUGGUUCUUAGAAGUAAUAUUUCGGUUAAUGAUUUACUAAAUGAACAAAAAUGCAUUAAUGCUUAAAUAUCUAUUUUCUUUUAGUGACAACUUUGCGAUUUGUCUUUUUGCUGAAAAGCUUCAAUUUUGACUUCGACCUUUUUAACGAAUCCUCUGCAACCUAUAAACGUUUAGAGGCAAACGUAACAAGUGAGGUAAGGCAAGAUUGGUUUCUAGAAGAGUAGAAGACAAUCUCAGUCAGACUGCUCUACAAAGCUAACCAAGUUAGCUCAUUCUUAACCGACAUUUGACGAAGAGCAUGCGUAAAGCGUGUGACCGGGAUAUAUGGAUCAGCCCUAGUUUUGGGUGGGCAAUUUAUUCUGCAUUUUGUUUUAUUUUGAGUAAUUCAAUACACUUUGACUUAGGUAAGAAAUCCAAGCGGAUUGCUCAACGGAAGAUCAAAAUGACUGAAAAGUCGCUCUAACGUAAAGAAAUAGCAAUAUCAGGAAGAUUGCAUUCUUGCGUUAUUAAACUUCAUAUCGAAAAAAUAUUUUAAUUUAUUGCCACUUGAAUUACUUCAUUUAUCAGAUCUAGCUGAUCUUGAACAGGAAGUGGUUCUUGCAUAUAUAUACAAGAAUCGAAACACUAAUCCCCCUGAUUUUACACCGUAGAAGCAAUCGAAACCUCCCUGCUUCGGUAACGGAAGUAGCGUGGUUUCGAUUGUUUUCCUGUCGUAUCGUCUAAAAUAUGCGCACGCAUUUUUGUGCAGUCUCUUGGGCUAUCAGAACAUGUUGUGUCAGUUCUUAUGAUAAAUGGAAAACGCCUUGAAAAAGUACGCGGUGUGCGCACUACAAAAUCACGAUUUUACUUAUGUUCAUUUCUACUGUGAUGUAUUUACAGAUUUUAUCACGUCUUGGGUCACAUGGUGUCACAACCGUCAAGAUUCUCUCUAUGAAGUAAGAGCAACGGUCUUUCUUGCAUGUAUUUACAUUGAGACCAGAAGUUUUUUAGAGUGGAAUGUUUCGAAUAUGUGACAUAAUUAUUAUGUUAGGUGUUCACUUUUUUCGUUAAAAGUAUUUGUAGUCUCAAAGCCCUAAUAUCAGUAGGCAUAUUUUCCACUGUUCUCUGAAUAAAUUGCAUAAGACGCCGACACGAAAAAUUUGUUUAAAACACAACUGAGAGCAUCUUCAUUUGGUAAUCUUUCCCUUAAUCUCGUAACCUUACUAUUUGAUUCAGGGUUAUGUUGUAAGGAGAAGUCAAUAUUUAGUCACUCUCAUGGUCAAAAAUUUUAAAAAGACUGUUGAUGAUGGAUGGCAUUCAUUUAUGUUUCGAAAAUUUAAGCACAAGUCAUCAUCACGGUUGAAUGCCUUGGAACUGGCUCGAAGAAACUGAUUGAUCAAUUUGCCAAAUCGUUGUUAGUCGAAAGCUUCAAGAAACGUCAGUUUUGAUCGGUCAAUUUCUAUCUGUUUGUGUAUUCCAUUCUGUUUUCUUGAUCUAACAGACCCGGAAGCGUAGAAGUAACCGCUGUUUUAAACCUUAAAAAUGAACACGACACACCAAAGGUUCAAGAGGAAUUAACCAAGUUAAACAAGACCGGUAAAAUGGGGAAGAUAACUUUGACUGCGCUUUACUGGGGUGUGGAAGGUACGUCACUAAUUCCUUUAAUGCAGUGAUGCGUCAACGAGGAUAUCAGUGUUAGUCUAGGUCAAUGCUAAUACAAUUAUGCGUUACUGACGUGCUCGAGUGGUUCCUUUGUGCAGGGAUUCUGAAGAAUCUCUAGAAGAAAUUCGAUCCCCGGACUUCUCAAUCAGGAUCUUGUUUUCAACCAAAGCAUGCUGUUUUCCACAUCUGCGUUCAGAGCCGGCCUCUGAAACCCCUUCUAUGUUGGAGACCAAUGCUAAGUCAAAUUUGGCGAAGUUUAACCGUCAAUUCAACGAUCUCUUCUCGUUCAUUUGGGAACCAAACAUGAUUUGACAACAAAGUAGCCAUUAUGGCCAAAAUCUGUGCACUGAACCCGUUUUCAGUCAAGAGACGACGCAAGGAUUAGACCUUAUUGGGCAGCUGAUUUCACAUAUAUUAUGUAAAGGAGCACCCCCUUUCACCCAGAGAUGUUGUUGUGAAGUGUCUGUUGCUGUUACAAUAUAAAUUGCUCGUAACCUUUUAACCACACAUUAAAUAUUUAAAAACUCUUUAGCAUACCUUAUUAUUUCACAGAUAAAUCUUGCAGUCCUCCAGAAGUCAAAAUAACUAAUUUACCAGAGAGAAGAGCGAGAGAAUCUGCUGUUUCCAUCUUGCGUUCCAAAGAUUUUAUUAUCCAGGCUUAUGUCGGAAAGGCGGAGUGUAACUCUUCACAAGCACUACAAUUUGCGUGGUAUCUAUUUAAAUUUGAGGUAAGAGCUUCAGGAAAGGUCCAGAUACAGGAGACAGUUCUCUUGGAUUCAAGAAUUACAGAGUGGACCUUGCAGAAACGGAUGCUUGAUUACGGGCAGUACUACGUGGAUGUUAGAGCAACUUACUCAAACCAACCUUCUGUGAUUAGCAGUGCUUUAGGAUUUUUUACAAUUAGUAAGUCUCAACUUAUAGCCGACAUUGCAGGAGGGAACAAAGUCACAAGAGGAAAGGGAAAUCCCAUUUCAUUGGACGGAUCAGCCUCUAGAGAUCCAGACGUAGAGCCUGGUAACCAUGCAUCGAUGCAUUUCACGUGGCUGUGCAAGAAACGUCAAGAGCACUUUCCCAAUGGUUCGUUGCACUCGCUACCAGUGAUUAACAACUCUCUGGGUCCUGGUAGUGGUGGAUGUUUUGGAACCGGUGUUGGAAAACUAAGCUCCAAUGGUUCAAUAGUGAAAUUGGACACGAGUCAGAUGACUGUUGGUGAGAUGUAUGACGUGAAGCUCAUCGUUACAAAGGAUAACAGAAUAGACGACUUCAUUCAAGAAAUUAAGAUUGUCAGCGGUAAUCCACCACAAGUGACUAUCCGGUAAGUACCUAUAAGAAUUAAUACCUUAAUUCUAUUUUGAAAUAUUUUGGCCAGUCGAAACGAAUUUUUUAAUGAAUUGGUGUCGUUUUAUGAUGAAAAAUCAUACCUCUAACUUAUUGUCAAAUUUUUGAACCGUAAUUCUGGGAAUAACUGUUAGUAAAUCGAUUUCACAGGAAUUUAUAUAAAUAAACCAUUUGCAGUUUUAGUGAACAAAUUGCCUCUUCCCAACAUGAAUUUUCAUGGCUACUUCCUCUGAACUGUCAUUUUAAUUUACUCUAAGCGGUUACCUUCAGAAAUAUUUUAAAAGCCUGACUGCUCAAAAGUAAGCGUACAACGUAUACUAGCAAUGCAUGCGUGCAAUGCAUUUGUGCAAAUUAUUGGUUGAGAAUGGCGUAAGUAUCGUGUGUUGUAUAGAUUCAGAUAAGCAACAAUAAAAACAACAACAACAACUGCGAUACCACUUCCUUUCGCAACUUCAUCUCUAUUACAUCAUAGAUGCCUAAUUAACUGUGAGAAGAUGGCAAGCGCCUCUACAAGAAUCAGCAUUGUAACUACGUGCGAGGGAUUAGCGUGUCAGACAGCAACCUAUAGCUGGCAGCUUGUCAUUGUGAAUUCCAUUGGACAUGAGCUCCCAGGAAAUAUCCUGACCCGUAACAUGACAGAGACGGAUAUGGAUCUUCCUGGUAUUAUCAUCAAAGCAAAUCAACUGCCUCCACUCAUUAACAGUGAGUGGAUUUAUCGAUUGAAAGUCUGGGUCUCGCAAGACCACGGACCCGCUGGAAAUGCAGCUUAUCAGUUCAGAGUGAACGCUCCGCCAAUUCCCGGAAAUUGCACUGUGACUCCGAAGAGUGGACAGGCAUUGAAGACGGCAUUUUCAAUUUUAUGCACUGGUUGGCAGGUGAGAAAUAAAAUUUCCUGUUCCUGACAGGCAGGUAACAAAUAAAAUUGCUUGUUCCUGACAGAAUUCUCUUGUACGACGACCAAAAACAUAAAGAGCAAACCUUGCCAACCUAUUUAGCAAUCCUUUGACAUGCGACUUCACAUGAAAGCCAGGAGUUUCUAACCAAAUCUGAUCUUUCAGUGUUGGUACGUUUUUCUUCCUGCAGUUUCCUCCUUCACACUUUCAGGCUUUUUAUUCUAAGUUCAGAAAUGAAUUAAUAAAAGUAAUCAGUCGAUUAGUUCAUAUCAUCAUUGACCGCCGGUUUCAAACAUUCUACAAAGAUUAUACAUUUCUUAUAUUUUUAAGGAUCCACAUCAACCUCUGACGUAUCAGUUUCAUUACAAAACGGACCAUGGCUUGUAUACCGUCGUGCAAUACGGGUCUACUGAUCACGUGUCAACAGUGCUUCCCUCAGGAAAGAGAAAUGGUGGAUUUAUCAUUGAUUUUGAAAUUUUGAUAACAGACAGUCUGUCGGCUUCCAGCAACUAUGUUCUCCACCUAAAGGUGAUUGUUUUAAUACUUGCUAGCUCUGUCUGAAAUUCCAAAUAGUAUAGAAAAAUGUUUACCAUUAUUUGAGUUCAAAGGAUACGAUGAUCAGAGUAAGAUGUAAAUUUUCCACGGAAAAACUUGAAAACUUUUGAAAAUUCGAAUUACUAGCAACUCGAACUCUUAAGGAAGGGCAGGUAAUCGAACAUCAUUAGGAUAUUUUCCUGAAAUAUAAACAAGUAAACUAUGUAAUUUUCAAACUGGGUGCAAUUUGCAAGUUUUGCAAUUUGCAAACAUUCUGUGAUUUUGGUUGAUUUUUUGGUUAUUUUUUUGUUUUUAUUGCUUGCCUGUUUGUCUGUUAAUUUCUUUUUGCCUAUCAGCAAAACCCCUUGCGAGUCACCUAACGCUGCUCUCGUGUCAUGUCACAAUGACGUGAAAGGGGGGCCACACUGUGUCAAAAAGACGGUACUCAACAGUUUUCGCAAACUGAAUAUUGUAGGUUGUUUGCCUUUAAAAAAGCUUGACCAAGGAGGAAGGGGGGCAGGGGUCAUGGGCAUCCCAGGACCCCUCGCCCGUAACUUCGCCCCAGUGUGAUACUUGAUAAAGGGGAAAGUUAGUUGUCAGUUUAUGGGAAACCUAUGUUACCUUUCCGUGCUUUUAGGUCGAGCCGCCGCCUGCUAAUGACAGUCUCAGUGGACUUGCAGUUGGAAACAAUAGCCAGUUUAACAUUUUGGUCAAGUCAGGGAAUGUUGUAGGUGCUACACAACUAGCAAAUGCUGUGUUAGGAACAGUCGAGGAAUCAAAUUCUACGUCCACCGAAGACAAGAUAGAGGUAUUUGUACUUAUCAUCCUCUCAAGCUAUCUGUGACUAUGCAUUCGUAACGUCUAGGUCAGGGUGACCCUUAGAAAGACAGCCAUGGGUUGUACUACCUGACGUUUCACAAGCUCGACUGCAAGUCAUCUAAAGUCAACUUCUCGCUCAGAAUCGAUUGAAUUAAAAAAUUUGGAAUUACUACAAAAAAUAUAGCAAUAUUUUUAAUUGAAUCAAAUUUUACAACUGCAUGUUAAAAAAGCAUUUUUCUCCUCUCCCUUUUUUUCCUUUUCUUUUUUUCAACCAAAGAAGGAAAGAAAAAUGUCUUGACCUCGUUUUGCCUACAACGCCAUAUUUUGUUACCAAUUUUUCUCUUUAAGAGGUGCUGAAGUGGCACUGGGGAGGAGGGAAAGGGGUUAAAUGAUCCGUAGUAAGGGUGUUAUUCAACGUUAGGCUAAUAGGUCUAUUGGUAUUUCAGAUCAAAGACUCCAUUGUGCGAAGUGUGUCAAAUAUUCAAGUGAAUAAUUUACAAUCCUUGACUCAAGUGACGUCUGUGAUCGCACGAGCCACACUGGAACCGAGUGAGGUGACAUUUGAUACACAGGUAUGUACAGCGCUUACACAUCGAAUUCGGAGCGAUGCUCCACCGAUAAAUGCUGAACUCUCUUCAUCGAGAGGUCUCAUUGUCUCAAUUACAUGAUUACCUCAAAGAAAAGGGGUAGCCGAAUAUUCUUCUAACAUUUGACGUUCAUUGACUGCGAGACUUGAAAACAAUCUUCCAUCUAUCUUUUAGGAUCUUGCUCUUCAAACUUUAAGAUCUAUGACGUCAUUGUUACGAAGCAAGACCAAAGAAGAUUACGGUUCAGAGUCUGUCCUAGUUGAACAAGGCGGGGAGAACCUGGUACUGAGUCUGGGUAACAUUCUCAACUCUGCUUCUCAGAAGGCAAGUGUGCUCGAAAGAACAGCGGAGACAUCGGAAAUACGGUCCAAGGUGAAUACCUUGCUUCAUUGUUUUCUGAGCAUUCUUUUCUGAAUGUGUCCAAGCCUUCAUUAAUUCGUUGGCUCUUUCCCUGUUUCUUUGCGCGUUCUUCUUGGUGUUUUCAUCAGUUUGUUCAUUCAUUUAGACAGUUUCCAUCCAUUUAUCCCUCCACUUAUUCAUUCAUCAGUUCAUUUCUUCUUUCAUUUAACCCUUCGUUUUCAUCUCCUCUUUCACUCUCCAUUUUUCUCUUUCUGGCGGUGUAUGUGUAUCUUCAACGCGAGGUCCGACACUAAAAUCAAAUACAAAUAUAUACUCCCUCAGUUCCGUGUUUUUUUUUUUCGUUUUUAACAGAGCGAAAAUGUCUCGAAAGACACAGCGAAGCUUAUCGAUGAUGUAAGCGUUGCUCUCCUAUCAAAAAUGUUAGUGGACCAGGAACCCAACCGCGUGCAAACACAGUCCUUGAGCAUGGUGCUCAACAGACUUAGUCCUAGAUCACUGGGAACAGCGACAAAUUUUACAGACGAUCCUUAUGCAGGAGAGUUCAAAUUCUCCAUCAACGCCAUAACCGACGAGAGAGCGAGAGAUGCUGAGUACAUAGACAGUGUGGUAAGCAAAUUGAGCUUUCCCAGGAGAUUUGAAUGAUUUUAAAUUUGUAGUUAUAUAUGGUUUACUUCUUAGUUUCGUAGGAAAAACAAAUUAUUCGUCAGACAAAUUUCGGAUACCUCUCCCCUCUUAUUAAAGAAACUAUCACACAAAAACUUUCAUCAGUCUUUCCAAAACAUGCAUUUCUCUUACCCAGUUCUUAAAGGAUUUCUUUGCGAAACUUUAACUGACUGGCUACUUUUUGGCCGUUGCUUUUACAAUAUAUGUAUCAAGGGUUCUAUGCAUCACUUCUGUGACGGCAUCGACGCAAAAUUCUACUAUAAAACACAAAGUUGGUUUUCUUAUUUUUCUAUCAGAUGACUCUGAGUACAUUCAAUCCUUUUACGUGGGACGACAGUGCAGCCCGUGUUGAUUCUAACGUCCUCAGCUUGACCAUCAAAAACCACGAGGGUCAGACUUUAUCAGUGAAAGAUAGCAACGAAUAUAUCGAGAUGAAGAUUCCGCGUGAGGGCAAUUUUCUGCCCGAAGGAAGUGGCUUGUAUUUUACUAAACCCAGUAGUGAAGGAAAGAUGCAAUACCAUAUAGUGAGUUUGAAGCAUGCAGACGGUAACGCUGUAAGAUUUCGAGUAAGUAUUAUGACUUUAAAAUGAACAACUGAUUCUGGAGGAGAGAAUACGAGGACAUCUUCCUUUAAAGGGAGGGUGUUUCAACUUAUAAGCAAUAUCUUUCAGAGGGCAGAAAGUGGAGGCGAAAACUGGAUAUGUGUUGUUUAAAAGAAUGCUUAAGGAGGCUUAAAUGUUUUCUUUUUAAGAUGCUGUAAGAAUAAAGGAUGAAAAUUUGGAUUUACCGCUCUAUAACUUAUUCGAUAAGUUUCAUGAACCCGAACCAAAGUGAUCAUAGCGAAAAUCCUAAGAAUAGAGAAUUGCAAAAAGGACUUAAAAGAGGCUUAUAUUAAGCAAACAGCCAGAGGGUUAGGAAAAAAGCAAGUGACCAAGACUAGGGACUAGCUCUCGUUUUGCAACUGACCAGUUAAAGGGGCGGUAUUAUUAUUUUACACCAGUCCAUAAUGAAGUGAUUAAAAGCAGCGCAAACCAGGAACACCUUUGAUGCUCAAUUGAAAAUUUCCUUGAGACUAAAAUGGUUACUCAUCAAAUCACUAUUCUUUCAGAUCAAACCAAGUAAAGGCAAAGUCAUCUUUAAAGUAUUCGUGCGAUAUGGCCAGCGACCAACUGUCAAAGAGCAUGAUGUAUCAAAAAGCAAAUUCCGCAUCCUUCAUGCUUGA